CUCCCAUCGGGUGGAUCCAGACUGUAGGGACGCUUAAGAGAAAAAUUCAGUCUUACUAGUUUCAAACAUCAGCCAGAGGCUUAAGUCAAACCUACGAAGUGUUUUAUGUGAAGCAACUGACGAGAUGAGUUUUGACAAAGGUUCUACAUCACCGCCUUCUGAUUGGACCAUCGCCGUGUUUGCAAAGAAAACUGACUUUAAAAAAAAGGUUGUAGACAUCAUCUGCAAACAUGUGUCGGCAGAAAACAGCACUUUCACAGUCAUCACCACUCCAGAGGUCUUUGAUGAACAGUGUUUAUAUCCUGACCAGCAGAUUAUUGACUUCAUGGCUCGGUCCCUGCCUGGUCCCAAUAUCUUCAUACUGGCUAUAGAUUCAGAAAACUCUUCAGAAGAAGACGCUGUGACUCAGAUCACUAAACUUCAAACAACCAUAGGACAAAAUGUCACAGAACAGUUGGCUGUUGUAAUAGAAGUAAUAGAAGACAUAAAUAUUUAUGAUUCACUCACUUGUCUGAGAGAUGCAUUUAGCUCAAUUCAGUUGACGACUCUCACUGAAGAUCUGGCCGAUAAAUGUAACAAGUGGCGUUCAGGCCCCUUUCAGUACGACUACAAAAACUACAGCGCUGAUGUUGUGAGAAGAAGAAAGAACGAACUGGAGAGCAACAGGAGCGUCUGCCUUCCAUCUUACCACCAGUGCGUAGCGAGAAACAACUCUCCAUCCACCUCACAAUGUACCGUCGCUCUACCUGCAGCAGCACCUACAGCAGCACCAUGUGAACCUAAUAAAGUGUCUUUCAAUACCAAUGAUGACUGCUUUAACAUUGUUCUGCUGGGACUCACUGGGACAGGAAAGAGUGCAUCUGUAAACACCAUCCUAACGUAUGGAAACUCCAGCACUAAGUCUAAAAACUUUGUCCAGUCUGAGCCAAGCUCCAUGCCCAUCACCACCGAGUGUAACGCCGUAGUGGUGGAGAAGUUCAAAAGGCAGAUCAGAGUGGUCGACACACCGGACUUCUUUAAUGACCACAUCAAAAACUCCCAGGCACAGAUCCAUGAGUGCAGGAAGUACUGCCAGCCAGGGCAAUGCGUGGUGCUCCUGGUGUUCCAGCUGGGCCGCUUCACGGACGGUGAGGCCAAAUUAUUGGGGAAGCUGGAAGAAACGUUUGGGUGGAAAAUCAGGGACAGCGCCGUGGUUCUGCUCACCCACGGAGAGAGCUUCGAAGGCAAUCCUGAUCAGUUCAUUGGUGAAAGAAGUACCCUCAAAAGCAUAGUGGAAGCCUGUGGAAACCGAUACCAUGUGUUCAGGAAUACACACAAAGACCCAAAGCAGGUCGUAGCGCUGAUGAGGAAGUUUCCAAACUGUGAAAAAAUAUUUCCAAAGUUAUCAGAAAAAAAUCCCCAUAAUGGCAAAAAGAACGAGUGCUCCUUAUGUUGACUUUGGUUGAUGAACUUGAGUUGCUGCUUGAAAUCGGGAGUUGAGCACAUACCACUAUACUGAUUUGAAUGAAAACCUUCUUCUUCAUGGUGCUCUUGUAUAAAAACAUACCUUACAUUUUAUUUUAAAUGUGAUUUAAACUGCUUGUAAAUUUGCAGCGGCAGUUUGAAGUAAUGAUUCUGUGACAAUGUCAUUUCUGUAGAUAAAUUUUGUUAUUUGCCCUUUU